GAUUUGAUCCGUCACUAUUAUUUCAAAUAGCAAUUAUUUGGUAUGUUACUAACAAUUCAGGAAGCAUUUUUUUUUUCUAAAUUUGCCUUGAAGUUUUAAUUUAAGGAAAUCUCAUCACACAUUAAAUUAUAUUCUUCUUUUGAUAACGCAGUUUUUAUUUACCAUUCUUACACUUUACACUUGACACUCAAUACUACAAUUCAGAAUCUGAAUCAUUGGAGUAUGGAACUUGAUCCAAGAAAUUUGUUGAUAUCUUUGGUUGUAGGCACUCAUGCCAUGGAUUCUGGAAUUAAAAAAAAAUACAAAUACCCUCACAAAAUUGGUAGGUAAGUAGUCAUAUAGAAGAUCUUAAUAAUUACGAAAGAGCACCUCUCAAAACAGGCAAGAUGUUAUGAUGAGACAAAACAAGGCCUAUCCAUAAACAUAAAAAAUAGCCUCCUUUUUGAGCAGGUAAAAAAGGGGCAUACAUACAUACGUGGCGAUACAUGGAGAUCGUGCCGCAAAAAGGGCUGAAAUAGAGGGAGGUAGUCAGAAAAUGGGAAGGCAAGGGGGCUUCUGCUAUGCAUCAUUCUCUAUUGAGAUCACAUGAGUUGGCAGCCGCUGGCCUGCAGUAAAAAACUGAAAUCAUAGAGAGAAAUUCACAGCCAAUAAUAGAUAUAUCUAAUGACAGAACCGACAAUAACGAACCUCUGUCAUGUUUGUUAUUUUGUUAUUGUCACUUUUGCUAUUGAUUUUCUAAGACGUAUUUAUCUUUUUCGAAUUUUAUUCUUACUUUUAAUCUGUGUUAUGUAAUAGUAUGUAAAAAGACGGACAAUUGUUAUCUCCAGGCUUGGAUAUGAGUUCACAGUCUCAAAGAUCUGCUCAAUUAGACUCUCCCUAUAUAAUGGGGUAUUUAAGCGUCGACAGACAACGACGAUAUCAUCCUGAUUUAUCUCAACUCAAAUAUUUAACUUCAAUACCUAAACGUAAAAUCGAGUACAACUUGAAUCAUAACAUUGAAAAUGCUAUUAAACGUACUUCUGAAGAGAAUGAGGAAAAGCUAACUUUGUUGCUUAAAUUUCUACUUGAUCGGAAAAACUACUUAAAAUUUCUUCACAGCCCAGAAAUUACUUUUGUCACGUAUCGCAGGGUUCUGAUAAGCACUAUGAUCUGUACUCAAAACCAGGACCCGAUCAGCAUAGUCGCGAGUUUAUUUGACAAUUGCAUUUAUUUAUGCUCUGUAGAUGCUCCAACAAUAAGCGCCAAAGCAAGUACACUGACAGAACAAUUUAUCAAGAUCAAUACUUGGGGCUACAAACUGAAACAAUUCAUGCUAUCAGAUUCGCCAAAUCACAAACCGGAUUCAAAAAGGCCAGUGAUAGAAAAUGAAGAUUUUUUUAUAUGUUAUAGUGCUCACAUAGGGCGACACAAACUAUUUUAUGCAGCUCAAACAGAUGGAAUGUUUGCUACACACCCUUCAGACGACUUGGAACCCCCUGCAACCAAUGACUUUAAAACCAAUCUAAAUUAUUUAAGAAAAAACCAUUACGUGGAGUUAAAAACGAAUAAAGAAAUACAUAGUCACAGACAGGAGCAAAGCUUUAAAAAAUACAAAAUGUUACGGUGCUGGUGUCAAUGCUACCUAGCCGGACUGAAGGGGUUGCUGGUGGGCUAUAGAGAUGAGGAUGGCGUUAUACAAAGAGUGCAAUGGUUCGAAACGGACGAUAUCCAGAGAUACUGUGGAGUAGCAUGGGAUGGACAAACCGCUAUAGACUUCUUGGAUUAUUUUCUAUCUUAUGUAGAAAAGUGUUUUAAGGCUUUAAGAACUAGCAGCCCAGGUGAAUUUUUACCCAAAGUUCCAGUAACCCUUAAAUUUGAUAUUGAUUCAUUUCAAAAGAUAACUGUAACUAAAGAUGUUUACAAUGAAUAUGAGCUCUUACCUGAUUGGUUUAUAAGUCAUAUUACCAGUUAGUUUAAAUAAUCAUUUAUCCAAUUGUUAUUUUUAAAUAAAUUUAAUUUAUAUCAUGA